UAGUAUUCUGUGUUACUGUAGUUUCUGGUUUUCAUAAUUGUAUGUGCCGCCGGUUUGAAGAGUCAAAACAAACCUGUGUGAUUACUUUUAGUAGUGAUUAGAUUUUGUGAAAAACAUAUUAAAGAAUUGCAAGAUGAGUCGAAGGAAAAGGGCGAAGGUGGAAUAUCGAGAGAUGGAAGAAAAAUAUAAUCAGUUAGAGGAUGAAAAUGCUUCUGAUACAUCGGAGAAAUCUAAAACUGGACUUGUUACACCAGAAAAAAAAGUUGUGCCUGAAGUAAAGAAAGAGGCUGAUGCAGCCAUACCACAGUCAGUACCUACAUCUUCGGCGAUAAAAAUAGAAACAAAAGAAGAAGAUGACCAGGAUAGUGAUCAUGAGGAUCCACAUGUGAAAGAAUUACUCAACGGCUUAGAAGGGGCAGCAUUCCAAAGUCGUCUUCCAUUCGAUAAAUUAACUUCUACAGAGGCUGCAUGUUUCCCAGAUGUUUCUGGUGGUCCACCACAAACUCAGAAAGUUUUUCUCCAUAUAAGGAACAGACUCUUGCAAUUAUGGCUUGAAAAUCCCAAGCAACAGUUAAUCGUUGAAAAUGCUUUACCAGCCAUUGAACCACCUUACAACAGCGACACCGUACUAGCACGUCGAAUUCAUGCAUUUUUAGAGCGACAUGGUUUUAUAAACUUUGGCGUAUUUAAGCGAUUUAAACCAUUACCUACUAAGAAGUUAGGUAAAGUAAUCGUAAUUGGAGCCGGUAUAGCUGGUUUAGCCGCGGCUCAACAGAUGCAACAGUUUGGUUUAGAAGUUAUCGUCCUCGAAGCAAGAGAUCGCGUUGGUGGUCGUAUCGCAACUUUCCGUAAAUCCUCGUACAUUGCCGACCUUGGCGCAAUGGUAGUUACUGGUUUAGGCGGAAAUCCUGUUACAACGCUAAGUAAACAAAUUAAUAUGGAACUCCACAAAAUUAGACAAAAGUGUCCUUUGUACGAAAGCGACGGUCAAACGGUUCCAAAAGAUAAGGAUGAAAUGGUAGAAAGGGAAUUUAAUAGGUUAUUGGAGGCAACGUCGUAUCUUUCGCAUCAAUUAGAUUUCAAUUACGUGGGCAACGCAGGAUCGACGGGGCAAGGAGGUAACACGCGACCGGUGUCUUUAGGUCAAGCAUUAGAAUGGGUAAUACGCCUUCAAGAACAAGGUGUCAAACAACGUCAAGUAGCUCAUCUACGUUCCGUCUUGUCGCUUCAAGGAAGACUCAUCACUAAUCAACACAGGAUGAUAUCGAUCAUGGAUCGUUUGGUCGAGUUAAAUAAACAAUACAAAGAAAUGACCGAAAGCAAAUUACAGACACGCGAUAUAACGCAAGAAUUUGUACUGCGUUCAAAGUUACGCGACCUCCAUAACGCAUGCAAGGAAUGGGAUCAAUUAUCGGAACAGCAGAAAGAGAUCGAAGCAAAACUACAGGAAUUGGAAGCCUCUCCGCCUAGCGACGUGUAUCUGUCUUCGAAGGAUCGUCAAAUACUGGACUGGCACUUUGCGAAUUUGGAAUUCGCCAACGCUACCUCGUUGUCGAAUUUGAGUCUGAAACAUUGGGAUCAGGACGACGACUUCGAGUUUACCGGCAGUCAUCUAACAGUUCGCAACGGAUAUUCCUGCGUACCUGUUGCUCUCUCGGAAGGCCUCGACAUUCGAUUGAACACAGCUGCCAGGGCGGUCCGAUACGGGGUAAAUGGCGUAGAAGUGUGGGCAGCACCCUCGCGCAGCCCCCACACAAAUCACACGGUCUACAAGGCGGACGCUGUGCUGGUCACGUUGCCCCUCGGCGUCCUGAAAGCUUCCGCUCCGCCGUCCGCGGUCGCCUUCAACCCACCGCUUCCGGACUGGAAGUCUCAGGCCAUUCAGAGGCUUGGGUUCGGCAAUUUAAAUAAGGUGGUGCUGUGCUUCGAGCGGAUCUUCUGGGAUCCAACCGCCAAUUUGUUCGGCCACGUGGGGAGCACGACCGCGUCGCGAGGCGAGCUUUUCUUAUUCUGGAAUUUGUACAAGGCACCGGUUCUGCUGGCGCUGGUGGCCGGCGAGGCGGCCUGCGUAAUGGAAAACGUCAGCGACGACGUUAUCGUAGGACGAUGCAUCGCUGUUUUGAAGGGUAUUUUCGGGAAUCAAGUGGUGCCUCAGCCUCGGGAGAGCGUGGUGACGAGAUGGAGGGCGGAUCCCUGGGCACGAGGAUCCUACAGUUUCGUUGCGGUCGGCAGUUCCGGCAGCGAUUACGAUCUCCUGGCAGCGCCGGUAGCACCCCCGCCCACCCCUGGCGCUUCACCUCCCCAACCGAGAGUCUUUUUCGCAGGCGAACAUACCAUAAGAAAUUAUCCAGCCACCGUCCACGGCGCGUUCCUCAGCGGUCUGCGCGAGGGUGGACGUAUCGCGGACCAGCUCUGCGGAAGCCCAUACGCGCCGCCAACGAUGCCAGCUUCCGUUCCGCCACCGUCGGGAAUUUCGUCCGCGACCACAGGCACCAGCUCUACGCCUUAGUAGUUCCCGCGAAGAACGCCACGUUCAAACGACGAUGAGCAACGCCGAGAACAAAAUCCUCCAGGAUGAUCUAUCGCGUUCGUUGCGUGUUCGGAGUUGAUUUCGUUUCAGCUGGCGCGUAUACGAUCAUUCGGAUGCGAAUUAGCUAGGAAAAUCUAUUUGCUGAUGAUCGGGCGGUCGAUUCGUUCGACGCGAGUUACCCCUCGAUCCUGUUGCGAUUCGGAUGGCUCUCUAUCUUUUUAAUUCACCGACGAAACAGCCGGACGAUGAAACACAGAACCGUAGAAACGUGCAUUUAUGCGUUUGCGUCGCAGUCACCGGCCUUGACGCGAGAUCGGAAAAAGCCAAGAACCGUAGCAGGAUCAUAUCGAUUCAUAAUAGAAUAGAUUCGUGCCUUUGCUUCGUUUCGCAUUCGCGAACUUUCAGUUUGUAUCAUACUAUAGAAUCGGUCCAUUGUACUCUUAGUGUAUUCCGUUACAUCUUUUCUACCGGCUUGAAACCUCUAUGCAUGCUUCGCGAACGUCUCUGUCCGGAUUUCCUGGCCUAGGUAUCGUGCUUCCGUCGCUCGUCGACGCGCUCACCCGAUCGUCGCCAGCUUCCAGCACCGCUCGAGCGAGCCGCUCCGCUUCGCUGGAUCGGAACAGACGUUUUUCGCAUCCCGCGAAAUUGUUCGUUUUCGCGAGACUCGAGUGCACGCGAAAUUAACCACCGCGGGAGCUGUGGCCGAGCAUCUUCACGGUGGUUUAGGGGCAAUCGGUGGCGUCGAGUUCGCUGAUCGGUUCGACAUCGCGACGCCUAAUGAACAGAACGGUUUCGUAACAUCACGAUUACCGAUUAAUUCUGACGAAGAGCGAAGAGGACUCUUUGCGAUUCUACAUUCUCGUCGCAUCUUUCGACCAACGCACACGUAUCUUUUAAGACAUUCCGACGUCCUGGAAUAUUUUAUAUCGCGCGCAAGUAAUUGUUUGUAACGUCCUUAUGCGCCGCGUUCAACCAUGGAUUGCUCGAGCUUGGGUUAAUCGGUUGCUCGCGACGCAUCCGAAUCGUGUAUAUUCGAUGGAACAAAUAUAGAGACUCUCGUAAACGCAGCGGGAAGCCAGGACGAUACAGCCAUAAAUCAUCAUUCCAGAACCGCGCCUAGAAAGCCUCCCUUGUCUCGGUGUGAAUUUUACAUAGGGACCCGCGAAGAAAUCUCGCUUCGACGAAACGAUAUAACCCGCAGAGGCAGCUAAUCUUUUAGGAGAAUACUUUUCUUCGGUGUGAAAAAUCCGUGAUUAAAGAAUACGGAGCUCUCGCCAAUUAAGGAAAAACUUAUCGUGCCUCCUAUACUCGAGAUGGGAGUCUCGAGGAAGUUGUAUUCGUUCCACGUCUUAUACCUACGCAUGUAAAACCGCAUCGAUGAACCGAUCGCGAGAUUACGAGCACGCGUAACAAUGUAUAAAAUGAAUUAGUUUAUACAGCGAACGCUCAUGUAUAUUGCGAUUAAAAGCAGAGUUGUUACGAUCCCGACGAGAAUCGACUGGAUUCGUUUUAGCGUUGCGUUCACCACCCUAUCGCGACUACUCGUGGUGUAAUUCCGGGACUUAUAGUCGCAAGCUUACUGGAGAUCGCGUUUCAGUCGACGGUAAUGCUUCGAUACGGUCGUUUCGACCCAUUUCGACGAGGAUUCCCGAUGAUCGAGUGACGCACCAUUGUGAGAACGUCUCGAAUCUCAACGUCCUCGUCACCCUCGAGAGACAUUCUCCUCCGUUGUCCGAGGAACACUUGGGGGUAAGUUAAGCUGUGCAAUAAGAAAUGUCGAUGUCUCAAGAGAGGAUUCCUGGCGACUAUUCGCCGCGGAACUGGGUGAAUUCGUUGCCGUUUCGCGUGCCACUCGUCGCGUACCCCGUCAGUUUCUUCCCCGAAGCGCCUCUGACCCGGGACAAAAAGGU